CUUUAUGAAUCAAUUCCUUUUAAUUGUAGCUCUGAGUGUGAUUUCAGCGAAUUGUUAUUUCGGACUUGAAGAGGUAGAAGUAACUCUAGUCUCUGAUAAAAAAAUAUCAUUCAAUGGAGUCAUCACUAUUGUACCACAUACAGAAAAUAUAGUCAUUUGGCUCUGCAAUAAAAAUAAAUUAAGUAAUGCUAUUUUUGAUAUCAAGACUUAUUGCAUCUGAUGAAUGGCUCUGAAAUAGUAAAGAGGCUGUAUUUUUUGAAUGAUUAUAAGGGAUUCAUAGUGAAAUGCGGAUACAAGAUGAAGAUCGACAAAAACGAACUCGGCUUACAUUAAAUAACAUUGCUAGCUAAUGACAGUAAUUGAGAACUCUUUUUUAAUUCUUCAUUGCAGAAUCCCACAAGAUUAUAUUGUCCUACCGAACCCAAAAUGACCGUGAGUAUACAAACGAAGUUAUAGACUUACUACCAAAUCUUUCAUGCCGUGUUGAUACAGAGAUGUUCAUUAUUGAAGAUUAUUUGGAUUCAUUUUGCCAAAGAAACUAGCAUUUCCCAUCCCUGACC